AUGGACGUUAACGGGGUAGCUGGGACAACUUUAUUUCUCAUCGGACUUUUAUUGUUUCUGGUGUACAUUUAUGCAGUAUGGCCAUUCUCUACGUUCACAAAGCUGGGGAUUGCAGGACCCAAACCAGUUCCUUUCUUCGGAAACUUGACGCAGAUGGGAACAGGUAUGCAAUAUAAAGACUUGGAAUGGAUCAAGAAAUAUGGUAAAGUAUACGGCUAUUACGAAGGUAGGAUGCCAAUGUUGUUAGUUGCUGAUGUAGAGAUGUGUAAACAGAUAAUGGUCAAACAGUUCUCAUCAUUUGUUAACAGGAGGAGAUUUAAUCUGCAAGGGACACUCUGGAGCUCAGCACUUCCGAAUCUCGUUGACGAACACUGGAAAAACGUACGUAACACCUUGACCCCUGCAUUUAGUGCCUCAAAGAUGAAACAGUUGGCUCCAUUAAUAAGUUCAGCAAGUAACUAUAUGGUUAAAAACCUCGACAAACAUUGUCAAAGCAAGACGUCAUUCAAAUGUAUAAAAAAUCUGUAUGGGUAUUACGUGCUAGACAGUAUUGCCGGUGCAGGAUUUGGUAUGGACCUCAGUUCUCAAACCGAACCUGAUCAUCCAUUUGUGACAACAGUGAAAAGGUUAUUUAAAGCACAUACAGUCUUCAAGCCGGUUUUCAUGAUUUUAUUGUUUCUUCCGAUAUUUGUGCCAUUUUUGAAGCUCUUCAAAAUCUCGUGUUUUCCGAGAAAGUUGAUGGAUUAUUUCGUGAAAGUCUUGGAGGAAACUAUUGAAACUAGAGACAAGGAUCCUGACUCCACUCGGAAAGUAGACUUCUUACAGCUGAUGUUGAAUGCUCAUCACGAGUAUGAACAAUACAUUGAAAACAAGGAAGAAGAACCAGACGAAGAAGACGAUGUGCUCAAAGUACAGUUUGUAAAAGGUAGUACGUUGCUGACUGGCGUUUCUCAUAAAGGCUUGUCUGAAGAUGAAAUGUUAGGACAGGCAAUGACUUUCUUUUUUGCUGGAUAUGAAACUGUCAGCACGACAAUGAGUUUUGCAUCCUACAAUCUAGCCACCAAUCCAGAUGUUCAAGAGAAGUUACAAGGAGAAAUCGACAGAGUUAUGGCUGAUUACGAUCAGCCAAACUACGAGGCUAUAUCCAAGAUGCCUUAUUUAGAUAUGGUAUUCAAAGAAACACUCCGGAAGUACCCUCCUGUUAUAAGGUACGAUCGUGAGUGUACAGAAGAUAUUAUAAUUAAUGGUCUACAUAUACCCAAAGGCAUGUAUAUAUGUAUGCCGAUUUAUGCAAUUCACCAUGACCCUGAACUUUACCCUGAACCUGAGAAAUUCAUUCCUGAAAGGUUCACUAAAGAAGAAAAAGCCAAACGUCAUUCUUGUGCAUGGCUUCCCUUUGGAGCGGGCCCACGAAUGUGUAUUGGUAUGAGAUUUGCAAUGAUGGAGGCUAAGAUUGGAUUGGUUCGCAUUCUGCAAAAAUACAGUUUUGAACCGUGUGCUGAAACUGAGAUUCCGCCUAAACUUGGUCUUCUCGGCUUUACCACCCCUCCCAACGACAUAGUACUUACUGUGUCAUUAAGGAAAUAA